GACAGUGAUCCUCAACAUCCCUUUCUGUCGUGUUAAGCUAGACGCAGUCGUUUGGUGAUGUGGUGAACGUCAGUGUCAGGUACUUGGUCAUCCUGGUUUUUAAUGUGGUAAACGUAAGUAUCGAUAACUACCGAUCUUCACACUACUUCUUCGGGGGCGGUAAUGCUGGCAACUCUAGUUCUCCAACAACAGAAGCAGUUCUUGUUGGUCCGUGCCGCUGCGCCGGUUACUUCGGUGUAAGAACUGACUAGCUAUUGGUAUCAUUGGUCUUCACGACUACUUUUGGCAAUCAAAAUCACUCCAUGUCCGGCCAUCGUCCCGUGUACCACAACCAGCCUCAGUCGUUGUCUGUCGUCGUUUCUUCGACUCCGUCUUUUGCUUCUAGAGCCUGUAGUUCUUGCCGACGUGGCCACAAAAAGGUUGUUCGUUCGUCUCCCCGCCCAGAGCAGCAUAAUUCUGCUGUAGUCUACAGGACCAGGAGCACGACCUCAGGACGUCGAAGCUGCACCAGUCGACGAGGAUCAUCUUCACGACACAGCAAGAAUCUUAGGGCGAAGAAAGCUGGUCGUACUAGUGCGGCUGUUCUACUCUCAGCACGACCCGCUACGUCCGCCCGAUUCGCGCUCGCCUCGGCGUUUCUGCUCCUGGAUGCGCGCACGCGAAACGAUGGGGUGUUGGCCUUUGUCGGCGACGGCUUUAAUGCGGUGGAUCGCAUCACGGACGACGAAUAUCUCGAGUUGAAGCGAAACCUGCGAGACAGUUGCAGCGACAGCAGUGCGGGGGGUGGUCAUGGUGACGAAGAUGCGGCUGCAGCUCCCAGCACCUCUUGGUUUGGCGGCGGAGCUGCGAGCAGGAGUAGUAGCUCCGGGCAGGAGCCGCAGAAGAAGACCACCUGGGUUCCACCACCGGGAACGAUCAAUCGGCUAUUCGAUUACCAUGGGUCGGACCGCGGGUUCAAAAAACACAUGUACGGCACAACGUAUGACUACCUGUUCACACAGAGCAACGAACAGCGGUGCGCGGUGAGGCACCUUCUCGAGGUGGGGAUCGGGUCAGUGAACCCGAGCUCCCCCGGCCACAUGCUGGAGCACAAGGACCGGUCGGACUUCGCCUACAAGCCGGGGCCGUCGCUGCGGGUGUGGCGGGACGUGUUUCCCAACGCGCAGAUCAUCGGGUGGGACAUUGAUCCCGAUGCCAUGAUUUACGGCGAGGAGCGGAUCCAGACGUUCACCAUUGACACGGUGAACAAGACGCAGGUAGACCUGUUUUUCUACAACCAGUUAUGAUCCACAAACAACAAGUAGAACCCAUGAUCGUCCCCAUCGCAAUUCAUUUCUACAAGACCAAAGGCACAGGCUGUGCAGCUUCAUGUUUGGCAUGACGAACUGGAUGGGGAUCAGGGGUCGUGGUUCUGUUUUUUCCUGCUGGAUACCAAUUACCACAGAAAAAAACCCAUCCACAUCCAAUUUGGCAUGCUUAAGACGUAUCAAAUUCAAAUCAUGUGUUUGUCAUGCAAAAAAUGGAUGUGGAUGGCAUGGGUUUCUUUCUGUGGAUACCAAUUCGACUGGGACUACGAGUCCUACGCCAAAGCGCGGUGGGGUCGGGCGGUGCGUAACCGCGCGAAUUGGAAGGAAAUUCUGUACGUGGCGGAUCAGAGUGCGAGCGACCCGAGCAAUCAGGUCGCGGAGCUGGAAACGCGGUGGGACCGGGCCGAACUAACCACGAUGGACAUCAUUCUGGACGACGGACUGCACGUUCCGCUGGCCAAUGACGCGACCAUGAGUUUUUUGUGGCCCUACCUGAACCCGAAAAACGGGAUGUACAUCAUCGAAGACCUGGACGGCCACCUCAGCGAACAGGCCAACCACUACCGGGCCAAGUUCGACCAGCGCUACACCUCCGUGCUUAUGGUAGUGCAAGGUACAGAAGUCCUGGUGAUGAUAAUUAACUAGUCUUUAUAUAAUAUGGGGCGUACGCCACUUCUUCCACCGUGAUGUCCUCUACUUAAUUACGUUAUUCUUGUCCUUUCUUGUCUGGAUAAAAUUGAAGUUGCGAGGAUUUCUCUGCAGGUACCACGGUUGCGUCGAAUAUUAUUGCGAUCAAGAAGACCCCCGAGUCGCCCGGACACGUCCCCAUUACGGCGGCCCAACUGGACCCGAAAAAUCAGCUGCAAGCCGCUCACUGCUGGAACCGGCUCGACUUUGCCCAGGCCGACUGGGAGGGCGUCGCGGUAAACCGCACCUUCGAAAACUGUUGUCUGUAUGCAGCGGAGCGUGCAAGUUUUUUUACCCAUACCAUCGUAAUCGUAGUAGAGGUAGACCACCACGUACUAGGUAGAAGUAGAAGUCGCAGGCCAAGACUAUAGUUAUACCACCCUUGAUACAACUACAAGUCAAUUCAGCAGUCUCGAAAGUCCUCGUGACCUGAGGGUGUAUUUUGCCAUGUCCGAUAUGGGUGGUAGUAAAUGUUCAGAUGUUGAUGCAGUCGUGGUCGUGCUUAUUAUGCAGAGUCAACAAUGUGGUCAGCGUCAAUCUCAAUUGCCAUUCAUUGCAUGGAAAUGGAUCGUGCGGUUAUGGUUAUGCGUUAUUUUCUGUGCAUAUUCUUGGGUCGCCAAACGCGCCCUCGCGCAAGGAUUGCUACAAACCAACGGACGCGCACCCGACCUGGGAGCGCGACUUCUACUCGCACAACAUCGACGGUAGUAACUGGCUCGAACUGUUCUACAUGGCGACUUUGUGCUGCGCUCCGAGAAUAGCGGCGCGGACAAAAGACGUGCACGUGCUCAAAUAUUUCCACGUGCCUACAGUUUCCGACCGGUUUCUUCCAAGCGGCGGUGCCAGUACGACUCUUAGGACAGAUGAGGAAGCUGAAAACGACAUGGAGAUGCAGGCAGUGGUUAAGAAAGACGCGGACGGAGAAAGUAGUACGGUGGUUUCCCUGCCUUUGCCCGGCAGCCUGAAAUCGCGACGAGCCUACAAAGGGACGCCGAUACUGUAGCAAAUGAAUCUUGCGCCGCCGGAGGAGUAAACGAACAAGGUGCGGUCGUUCGUUUUGUUGAUCUUGCAAUGCUACUUGUGGUUUUGAUCAUCAUGUCCUUUGCCACAACCGCUUAUGCGGCAAUUUUCAUUUUUUUUGUGGGCGGCAGACUCCGCCGACUCGAUCCAGUUCUUCUUCUUUUGAAAAACCCAAUGAAUAGAAUUAAGUGCACCUAAUCGCAUUGGUAGCCACUUUGAUGUGCUGUGAGCAGGGGUAGAAGGAAAGAAACGAGGUAAACAGUUCCUGCCUCACCAGGGCGCGGCGUUGAUUGGAGGUGGAGGCUUUUGUAGUUUCUAUACUAG